CUCUACAAGAUAUACACGCUACAGCCACCAAUACUACGCUUCAAGAUGUCUGUUCAAGAAAUCGAAUUAGGAAUCACCGCGGACAUGCACGUCCACUUGAGAGACGGUCCUAUGAUGGAACUUGUUACCCCAACUGUCAGAGAAGGUGGAAUUUCCAUCGCAUACAUCAUGCCUAACUUGGUUCCUCCUAUCACUACCAUUGACAGAGUUGUUGAAUACAAGAACAAGUUACAAGCCUUGGCUCCCAAGACCACUUUCUUGAUGUCUUUCUACUUAUCCAGAGAAUUGACUCCAGAAUUAAUCAACGAAGCGGCCAAGAUUGGUGCUAUUCAAGGUGUCAAGUGUUACCCAGCAGGUGUUACCACCAACUCCGAUGCUGGUGUUGAUCCUAACGACUUCACUCCAUUCUACCCAAUUUUCGAAGCCUUAGAAGCUAACGACUUGGUUUUGAACUUGCAUGGAGAAAAGCCACCUUCAAAGAAUGAAGAUAUUCAUGUAUUAAAUGCUGAGUCCAAGUUCCUUCCAGCUCUUGAAAAGCUUCACAAGGACUUCCCAAACCUCAAGAUCAUCUUGGAGCAUUGUACUUCCAAGGAUGCUAUUGACACGAUUGAAAAGAUCAACGCAAACCUCAAGGAUGAUGAACCAGUGAAAGUAAGUGCCACUAUCACUGCCCAUCAUCUUUCCCUCACUAUUGACAGUUGGGCAGGAAACCCAGUCAAUUUCUGUAAGCCAGUUGCCAAAUUGCCACAUGAUCAACGUGCCUUGGUUGAUGCUGCAACUUCUGGAAAGCGCUACUUCUUCUUUGGUUCCGAUUCUGCUCCUCACCCAUUGUCUGCCAAAGCCAGACACGUUGGAGUUUGUGCUGGUGUCUACACACAAUCUCACGCCUUAUCAUAUUUGGCUGACGCUUUUGAAAAAGUUGGUAAGCUUGAAAACUUGAAGAAAUUUGCUUCUGAUAACGGUAAGAGCUUCUACGGAAUUAAGGAUUCUGAUGUUGUUAACCAAGACAAGUGUGUCUUGGUCAAGAAGACCACCAAGGUUCCAGAAGUAUUCGGAAAGGGUGAAUUAACUGUUGUCCCAUUCAGAGCUGGUGAAGAAUUCAACUGGCAAGUUGAAUGGAGAUGA